AUUUUUUAAAAAUAUACAUUAGUGGCCAGUUUUUUCAAUCAUUACUUUAGGAGACUUUGGGAGAGUGAAUAGAAGGCUAUUAUAAAAAAUUUUCAUAAAUAUAUAUGAGUAUAUACAUAUACAUAUAUUUUUAUAUAGCUAAAUAAGUAAAGCAUUUAGCAAAGUAAUAAAUGGCUUCAUCUGCACCGAACAAGCUGCGUAUAUCCACUAAGAUUUACAAUGGAAUAAUUGCUGUUGCUGAUAAACAUCUGAUACCUGAAAAACUCCGUCCUCUAUGGAAUCAUUCGGCGGGACCUAAGACUGUGUUUUUUUGGGCGCCAUGCGUUAAAUGGGGCUUAGUGAUAGCUGGACUUGGUGAUUUAGCUAGGCCCGCUGACACACUGUCGAUACCACAAUGUGGCGCUUUGGCCGCAACCGGAAUAAUUUGGGCGCGUUACUCUCUAGUUAUAAUACCAAAAAACUGGGGUCUAUUUUCAGUUAACGUUUUCGUGGGAGGUGUUCAAUGUGUGCAAUUAUUCCGGGCCUUUAUGCAUCAGCAGGAGCAGAAAAAAUUAACAACGGAUCCUUCGUAAUAUCAAUGCCAAACAAUCGGACGUAAGCGCACGCGUAAAUAUGCCGAACGGCUUCUAUUUUAAGUUAUUUCAAAUUUUAGCCCCAAAUUAAAUUCCAUUGAUUAGUUUAUUCAAUUUGCUCAGAUGUUUUUAUACGAUGUUUUUAUCUUAACGUGAUAUUCCAUCUUUUGUAGAUAUAUAUAUAUAUAUAUAUAUGCAUAUAUUUUUAUUUUGAUUUCGUAAAUAAACUUGUGACUG